CGGGAGAGGAGGGGCGGGGCCGACUCCGCGCCUGCGCAGACGAGCCCCACGCGCGGGCGGGUGGGCGGAGCGGCCCCCCCCAGCGGGGGCUGUGAAGCACGGGGAGGGGGCCGAGCGGGUGGCAGAGCCGGCGCGCGCCCGGCUGGGGGCGGAGGCCCGCGGGACGGAACAGCCGCGGCGAGUGGUGGUGGCGGCGGAGGGAACCGAGCCGGCGACGAGCCCGGGGGUCGCGACUUGCAGAGGCGGCGGCGGCGGCGGCAUCGGCGACGGCGGGCCCGAAGGCGGGCGGAGAGCCGGGGCGCAAUGGAGCGGAAGAGGUGGGAGUGCCCGGCGCUCCCGCAGGGCUGGGAAAGGGAAGAAGUGCCCAGGAGGUCGGGGCUGUCGGCCGGCCACAGGGAUGUCUUUUACUAUAGCCCCAGCGGGAAGAAGUUUCGCAGCAAGCCACAGUUGGCACGUUACCUGGGCGGCUCCAUGGACCUCAGCACCUUCGAUUUUCGCACGGGAAAGAUGCUGAUGAACAAGAUGAAUAAGAGCCGCCAGCGCGUGCGCUAUGAUUCAUCCAAUCAGGUCAAGGGCAAGCCUGACCUGAACACUGCGCUGCCUGUACGGCAGACUGCAUCCAUCUUCAAGCAACCGGUGACCAAGAUCACCAACCACCCCAGCAACAAGGUCAAAAGCGACCCGCAGAAGGCAGUGGACCAGCCGAGGCAGCUUUUCUGGGAGAAGAAGCUGAGUGGAUUGAGUGCCUUUGACAUCGCAGAGGAACUGGUCAGAACCAUGGACUUGCCCAAGGGCCUGCAGGGGGUGGGCCCCGGCUGUACAGAUGAGACGCUGCUGUCAGCCAUUGCCAGUGCUCUGCACACCAGCACCCUGCCCAUUACAGGCCAGCUCUCUGCGGCCGUGGAGAAGAACCCUGGUGUGUGGCUGAACACUGCACAGCCACUGUGCAAAGCCUUCAUGGUGACAGAUGACGAUAUCAGGAAGCAGGAGGAGCUGGUGCAGCAGGUGCGCAAGCGCCUGGAGGACGCGCUGAUGGCCGACAUGCUGGCACACGUGGAGGAGCUUGCCCGGGACGGGGAGGCACCGCUGGACAAGGCCUGCACUGAGGAGGAAGAAGAGGAGGAGGAGGAGGAGGAGCCGGAGUCAGAGCGUGUGUAGCACAGGUGUCCUGCCCAAGUCUGGGCUGCAGACUGCCUCCCAGGGCCACUGCAGACUUCCUUCAGCCGUGCCUGGACGAGGUGGGGGCCAGGCCAGCAGGAGGCAGGCGUCCGUCUUCUUCCAUGGCCUCCUACUCCCAGGUCUCAGUGCAGGGAGCCCCUGUGGACCUUGAACUCACUUGUCCCUGCGGGCCUGGCAGGAAGCCCCAUACUGAAAAGCUGAAGAGCAGUGGCCCAACUGAGAGGCCACCUCACCACGGUCACCUCCCUGCCUCCUUAUCAUAGGACAAGGCCCUGCUUGGCACCAAGGAGCUGUGAGCCUUGUAGGGCGCUGGAGGAAGUUUCCAGAAACACACCUGGCUAUGCCUACCUUGCAGUGUCCCUAAGGCUGUUACAGGCCAGGGUCUGGACUGAUCCUGCCCACAGGGCUGCCCAGCCUUCCCACACUGAGGGCCAGCAGCCAACCAGGAAGUCACUUUCCUUCAAUAAACUGAUGGUAGGAACUUGUGA